GCUCCGGAUUGCGUUUUCACGCAGGUUUCUGUUUCCGACGUGCGUGCACGUGCGUUCGUGUGAUUUGCUUCGUCCGACAUCGCCGACAGUGCGGCAAGUGAGACGGUUUCAUGGGAAGAAGCAAGAAGAAGACAAAUAAGGAGAACAAACUAAGGCCAGGCAGGAAGAAAAGUUCGGAAAACCUCAAAGCAGAAUGCAGCGUCGACGAGCUCUUGUCCCAGAUGGAAAGCUGCGUGAACGAACUGAAUUACGAUCAAGCAAGGGAGUUUGGCGAAAACGCCUUAAGAAUGGAACCGGAGAACCUGAAAGCACUCGACGUCCUUUCCAGUCUGCUGCUCGAAAUGGGCGAUUCCACAAAAGCCUUCGAGCUGUUGCAAAGAAUGGUACAGUUGGAUCCGGAUGGGGGCUUCAGGAAGUAUCUCAGCCUGGGCCAACUGACAGAUGGCAAGGAGUCAUUAGCACACUAUGCAAAGGGAGUGCAGAUACUGUGCAACUUGCUCCAAGAGCAACAUGGCUUGGCUGCUUCCUCUGAGGAAUGUAAUGGGACUGACCUCAAUCGAGCAUUGUCAUCAGCAUACUGUGCCAUGGCUGAGAUCUACAUGACUGACUGUUGUGAUGAAGAGGAGGCAGAGCAGCAGUGUUCAGAGUUGGUGCAGAAGAGUGUCCAGGCCGAUCCCAGCAACCCUGAAGCCUUCCAAGUCCAGGCCAGCUUCCUGCUUGUCAAACAAGAACAUGAGGCGGCGAAGGAGGCCAUGCAGCGAAGUCUUGGCCUGUGGCUACCACAGCACGAGCGGCUGCUCCUGGGAGAAGAAGCUGGAAGUAGCGACCCUGUGGAGGUUUGUCCCCUAAGUUACAGUAGUCGAGUAAAUGGAGCCAAGCUACUAAUUGAGCUGGAGAUGCUUGAUGAGGCCAACACUGUUCUCGAUGGCUUGGUUGAAGAAGAUGACGAAGUGGUUGAUGUGUGGUACCUGCUUGGAUGGCUGAACUACCUCCGUGGAGGAGAGUUCUGGGGCAAUGCGCGAUACUACCUUAACCAAGCUCGCCAGGUGGCCCAUAAGGUGCAGUUUGAUGACGCAGAUGAGUUGGCACACAUUGAGGAGCUUUUGGCCGAAUUAGGGCCAGAGCCCGAGGGAGGAGAUGAGGAAGACAAGGCAAGCUUUGCCAGUGAGAGUGAGGAAGAAGGAGAAGAAGCAAUGGAGGUUGACUCUCGGGGCUGUCUGCUGCUGCUGCUAAGGAGAGGAUCACGGGCUUGAUUCCCGGACGUAGUGGCUGCAUUUGGAUGGGGGCAUAAUGCAAAAACACUUGUAUACUUAUUUUUAGCUGCACAUUAAAGAACUCUAGGUGGUUGAACCCUAAAGAAACCUGGAUGGUCAAAAUUAAUCCGGAGCUGCCUCUGCUACGAUGUCUCUCAUAACCUGUGCAUUGCUUCAGAAUGUUAAACCUCCACGAUUUGGCCUAUAAUUGCAAAAAUUAUUAUAUUUUUGCUGUUGGUUACAUGUCUCAUUUUCUGCAUAUGAGGGGAAGAAAGAUAGUAGUUACAUGGUUGCCCAAUUAGUGGUGGUGUUUCUAGAAAUAGCUGUACCCACAUCACUUCGAGUGGCUUUGUUGACAUUACAGUCAGAAACGAGCUUGAGAUUGCCAUAUCAGGCAGUGAAGAAGCAGUAUGUUGUAUAGUCGGACUUAGAACCAGAGAAGAAGCAAUUUGAAGAUUUAAAAUAUGGUUAAGAAGUGCCACAUUAAGAAAGAGCUCAACACCAUUAACCCUUUAACUGUUAUUGACGAGAUAACUAGCCAUCACAAGUAUCCUCUGGUGCCGAUGACGAGUUAACUCGUAGUGAAAUUUGUGCUACUUUUCCACAUGUGUAUGUGUUCGGUUCCUUGCAAUUUUGACAAGAACAUAACACACAGUGACAAUUUUUUUUACACUUGUAUAAAAUUUAUUUGGAAUUUGUCAUGGCUGUUAAGAAGCUAAAAUUGUACUUAUAAUAAAAAAAAGGAAGAAACCUUAAACGGGUCAUUGUUGAUUUAAUGGCCUUCAUUAGGCUCCUACAGUGAAGAAGUGAAAGCAGCAAAUGGCCUUGCUUGUUAUAUUUAAAGCAGAAUCUUGGUUUGAGCUAGUUGGUGUCAUACUCUAGGAUAAAUAAGCAGUGCUAAACAGAUGCUGACCGAGAGACCGAUUCGACAGGAUGGGCUGGCGUGCUCCAUUUAUCACGCAGAAAUAUACUAACUGUACAUCACAUAUAGUGUAUGAAAUUCUGCUGAGCUAUAGUAAAGUUUACGUAGGAUAUAGACAGGACAAUGUUUUAACCACAGAGCGAGGCAACAUCAAAACAACAUAAGAAAUGGAUAUGGCAGUCACUUAGCAGUUUACUGCAAAGAAUUGUGCAUGUAAAGCUUUGUUGGCAAGGCUAAGUUCCUAAAAAAGGCAAAAACUAAGCAGGAACAUGAAAUUGCAGAGGAAUUUUAAAUCACUAAAGCUGGUGAUGUGUGUGUUAGGAAGCCAUCGCUCGCCCUAAUGGAAAAAGAAAUAUUAUUCCUAGAGAACCUCAAACGACAUGUGGUAUUGUAUGCUUGCUCACUCUCUCCUUUUUGUGUAUGUGUGAGUGAAAAUUCUAUGUAUUGCCGUUUUGUUUCUUAAUAAACCUCAGUUAGCAGUCGGUGCC